CAUCACUCUCCUUCUUGGUAAAAUAGCCCUUACACAGCCUGGAGGUGUGUUGGGUCAUUGUCCUGUUGAAAAACAAAUGAUAGUCCCACUAAACCCAAACCAGAUGGGAUGGCUUAUUGCUGCAGAAUGCUGUGUAUCCAUGCUGGUUAAGUGUGCCUUGAAUUCUAAAUAAAUCACAGACAGUGUCACUAGCAAAGCACCCCCACACCAUAACACCUCCUCCUCCAUGCUUUACGGUGGGAACUACACAUGCAGAGAUCAUCCGUUCACCCACACCGCGUCUCACAAAGACAUGGCGGUUGGAACCAAAAAUCUCCAAUUUGGACUCCAAUUCCACCGGUCUAAUGUCCAUUGCUCGUGUUUCUUGGCCCAAGCAAAUCUCUUCUUCUUAUUGGUGUCCUUUAGUAGUGGUUUCUUUGCAGCAAUUCGAUGAUGAAGGCCUGAUUCACACAGUCCCCUCUGAACAGUUAAUGUUGAGAUGUGUCUGUUACUUGAACUCUGUGAAGUAUUUAUUUGGGCUGCAAUUUCUGAGGCUGGUAACUCUAAUGAACUCAUCCUCUGCAGUAGAGGUAACUCUGGGUCUUCCAUUCCUGUGGUAGUCCUCAUGAGAGCCAGUUUCAUCAUAGUGCUUGACGGUUUUUGCGACUGCACUUGAAGAAAUGUUCCGUAUUGACUGAACUUCAUGUCUUAAUGUAAUGAUGGACUGUCGUUUCUCUUUGCUUAUUUGAGCUGUUCUUGCCAUAAUAUGGACUUGGUCUUUUACCAAAUAGGGCUAUCUUCUGUAUACCACCCCUACCUUGUCACAACACAACUGAUUGGCUCAAACGCAUUAAGAAGGAAAUAAAUUAAAUAAAUUAACUUUUAACAAGGCACACCUGUUAUUUGAAAUGCAUUCCAGUUGAUUACCUCGUGAAGCUGGUUGAGAGAAUGCCAAGCGUGUGCAAAGAUGUCAUCAAGGCAAAGGGUGGCUAUUUGAAGAAUCUCAAAUAUAAAAUAUAUUUUGAUUUGUUGAACACUUUUUUUGGUUACUACAUGAUUCCAUAUGUGUUAUUUCAUAAUUUUGAUGUCUUCACUAUUAUUCUACAAUGUAGAAUAUAGUCAAAAUAAAGAAAACCCCUUGAAUGAGUAGGUGUGUCCAAACGUUUGCCUGGUAGUGUAUAUUUAGAACACACUACAUCCCUGUAGAUACUUCAUGUACUGUUCUUCAUCAUAGACAAUGUCUGGCACAUGAUUUGACUGUAAGACGUGAUUGAACCUGUACAGUGUUAACAGGACCUUAUAGGCCUAUGUGUAUGGUGAUAACUGUCAGUUGGCAUGGCAUGGAUGUGUGCCUUUCCAAAUUGUUUUAUUUUUUUAAUGCUUUUUUCCUGAAUGGCUCAUUCCCCUCCUGGACACAUUUGGACCACUUUAAAGCAUGUCUGACUUUAAACAGAGUUCCAGUUUUGACCUCUUGACCAUUGUUUGUUUUGUCUGUUGUGUCAAAUAAUAAUAUGACAUGUGUUUUAUUAAAGUAUAUUGUGUUUUUAUUUUCCAUUUCAUAGGGAGAAUAA